CGUAAAACGCGUCAUAAUCGCUGCUCAUUUGCAUAAUACAUGCUGUGCAAAGGGUGAAAAGAAAGUUGUUGGUUGUACCUCACACAGGUUUCAUUCAAGCAAGCAUUUGUGGUAAACAUGUCAGGACCAGAGAACAUAUCGGACGUAGAGCUCCUGUGGUACAAGGGGUUUAGGAUUCUAAACAAGGCAGUGGCCCUUGAACUACGUCAGCUGUUUCAGCGCCUGUGGAACCAGAAGCAUCCAACCAACCCAUGGCAGGAUGACCAGACCUCAGGGGAAAUUUUUUAUAAUGAUUACAAACCCAAAAGAGAUAUCAGACGAUAUGAGGAUAUUAUAAAAAAUGGUAAGUUAGGUGGAUGGGACAUGACAGUUCUGUGCCGAGCAUUUAUUGACUACUCCCUUAUGGAUACCAUUGACAGUAAGUACAGUACCAAUGUCCACAUCUUGAGAGACUUGCGGAACACAUAUGCUCAUAGCCCAAAUUCAUCCAGACAACAAGGAGACUAUCAGAAAGAUAUAGCUCAAAUUAGGAAGGUUUUCACGGAACUUGGUCUGAGCGAAGAAACCUUGAAUGAAGCAGAGAGCAUCACCCCAGACGAUAUAGAGCGUCGAGAGCUGCUGAGUGUAAUAGAGACCCUGAUACAGGAACAGGCAGAGUUUAGGGAGGAAGUCCGGAAAAGACUUCCCGAACAUGGUGAAGACCAACCAGAUCAACAGGACCCUUCAAUUCCUGAAUGGUUCCGUGCAAUGCCUCGUGACCAACAACAACGGGCCGUACCUGACGUGAUCAUUGGGAGGAUUGCAGAACACAUCGGGGAUGAGUGGGAGCUGAUAGCAGUAGAAAUGGACAUCUCUAGACCCAAGCGACAAGCUAUUGUAGCCAAAUACCCAAGAUCCAUCCAGCUACAGAUUAUAGAAGCAUUCAACAAAUGGAAACAGAAGCUACCCUCAAGUCAAACUACAAUUGCAUCAUUGAUUAAAAUCUUGUGGCAGUGCAAUGGGCGGUGCGACAUCGACUGGAAAUGUGUCGAGAAGGUGGUGAUGGGGAAUUGGUCUCUUGAACAGUGAAGCCUGUGAGGACACACUACUGUUAUGAAUAACUAUCUUCUUUCCAUUGAUGUUACUGGAAUACUUUUUGCCCCUUCACCAUUCAACUGAUAGUGCAAACUGUAGAGCAGUAUGAAUGCUGCCUUCAUCUCACACAAUUCUAUUUCUGCGUGUGACCUAUUUUUUAGCAUUUGUUCCUUUCCUUUUAACAACAUUACUACUACGACGGAACAUGUGAAGACCCUGAGUAGAAUAGGUAUUCGGCAACCAAUGCUUGCCGUAAAAGGCGGCUAUGCUUGUCGUAAGAGGCGACUAACGGGAUCGGGUGGUCAGGCCCGCUGACUUGGUU